AUGCUCUGGUCUAGAGUAGUUGCUAGUUUGGCCAGCUUGGUGGCAUUAUCAGAAGCCGUGUCGAACGAAAAUCUUCCAAUGGACUUGGGCAGUGUCCUGGGGAGACAUCCUAAGCUUUCUACAUAUUACAAGUUGAUCAAGAAAUACCCCGACAUCCUGUUACAAUUGCCUAGCUACAAGGGUGUCACGAUCGUUGCACCAUCCAACGAUGCCUUUGAACAGAUCCCCUACUCAGCCCUUUCAGGCAUCUGGGAUCCUACCGAUGCAAAGAUAACAGUUCCGCUUCUCCAAUACCAUAUCCUUCAAGGAACUAUAAGUGCCAUGAAGCUCAAGGCUGGUCCUGCCUACGUUAAGCCGACACUUCUUCUGAAUCCCAAAUGGAGCAACGUUACUGCAGGCCAGAACAUCCUCAUUAACAAACAGCCCGACGAUGUUAUAUUUAGCACCAGGCUUGGCAACCGUGCUACGGUCACCAACUAUGACAUCGAGUUCCAAGGCGGUCUCAUUCAGAUCGUAGAUAGCCUUUUGAUUCCGCCUUCUGGUAUUGUUCAAGUGUUGAUGGCAAGUAAGGUGGAGUCGUUUCUCGGUGGUCUUUUCAAGUCUGGCAUCAUGCCUGAUCUUGGCGAUCGACAAGACAUCACUGUCUUUGCUCCGAGGGAUCAAGCUAUGGAGAGGGUUGGAUCUGCACUGGGCGGUUUGACCCCUAAAGAUCUGGCCCGUGUCAUGGGCUACCACAUUGUGCCUGGAAAGGUCCUGGUCUCGACUGAUCUUGACAAUGCCACAUCUCUCAAGACGCUGUCCGGUGAAGAAACCAUGAUUCGUCAAAUUGGCAAUGAGAAGUACGUCAACUCGGCCAAGAUCAUCACAACUGACAUUCUCAUAUCCAACGGAAUACUGCACAUCAUCUCAAAUGUCAACAAUCCACAGGACGCUGACGCUGCUCCCAACCCCAGCCUCUGGCUUCAACCGCCUGUCUUCAAGUCUGCUGAGGUCGACAAUAUCUUCCAGUCGGCUAUCCCAUGUACUGCAAGCUGUCCGGUGACCAACACGCCGGCGCCUACACCGGAUGAAGCAGCAAACAAUGCCGUUGAGACGCCAUGGUUUACCACUAGGUCUAGCAAGGGAGUUGCCGCUGCCCGGGCCACAGGACACAUCGCCGGUGCUGCACUAGGAAUCAUGGGUAUAGGAGCAGGGAUGGCACUCUUGUGA